AUGCCUAGGUCGAUAAGGGAGCUGAAGUUGGCGGAUGGACGUAUCUUUCUGCUACUAGAGAAGGAUACUAAGCUUUAUAUGGUAUCCCCUGACUCUUCCAUUAAGUUGGUCGGGAAUCUGCCCCUGAUUGGUAGUCGUUUGCUGCAGAGAUUCAGUGAGAACGAGGCCAGCGAUGUUGUACAAGAUGUAUUGGUGAUGAAGGAUAAGGUCACUCAUGUGCUGUUUGUUCCUCGUCUGGGCCACCUCGGUAUUUGGCGCCACGAUGGGUCUGUUUUCGAGGCUAGAGUUCCGACCUUCUGUUGCUGUCGGUUCCUUCCACGGACGAAUGGUACUGUUGUGACGGGAAUAUUCGGGGAUACAUGGGGACGCAGUUUCUGUGUUUAUGAGAUCUUUCGCGGCGAGGUCCCGCUGUGUGAUUGUGUGGGCCUUGCGACUCGCGUGAUCUCUGUUGCGGCUUCUAGUGAUUGGCGGGUAUCAGUAACACUAUGGAGAGAGCAAGAGGGGCAGAUGAAUGAAACAGUUGUGAGGAUAAUGAACCUCAGUCGUAGCGGCGAAAAGACGCGAAACCAUGGAUUCAUCCCACCGCAGAAAAUCACGGGUGGGACUUUUGGGCAUAACUUUCAUGCUAUGGUCUAUGGUGAUGUAUUUGAGGAUAUGAUUCAUGACUACGAUGGCUAUGAUGACAUUUUCGAGGAAAUGGGCCCCGAUGAGAUUGUUUAUGAUGACAUUUUCGAGGAAAUAGGCCCCGAUGAGAUUGCUUAUGAUGACAUUUUCGAGGAAAUAGGCCCCGACGAGAUUGCCCAUGAGGACUUUUUCGAAGAAAUGGGCCCCGAUGAGAUUGCUUAUGAUGACAUUUUCGAGGAAAUAGGCCCCGAUGAGUUUGCUUAUGAUGACAUUUUCGAGGAAAUAGGCCCCGACGAGAUUGCCCAUGAGGACUUUUUCGAAGAAAUGGGCCCCGAUGAGAUUGCUUAUGAUGACAUUUUCGAGGAAAUAGGCCCCGAUGAGUUUGCUUAUGAUGACAUUUUCGAGGAAAUAGGCCCCGACGAGAUUGCCCAUGAGGACUUUUUCGAAGAAAUGGGCCACGAUGAGAUUGCCUCUGACGAUGUUUUCGAGGAUAUGAUCCACGAUGGGAUUACUAACGAUGAUACCUUCGAGCAUAUUGUCGACGAUAACAUCAUCGGUGAUGAUGGUUUAGAUGAUAUGGAACCCGAUACUAUGGUUCAUAUUGAUCCCGUUUAUGAUGGGUAUGACUAGGGCCAGUUGUUCCCGUUCCGUUCUGGAUUGAACGUACUGCGCAUGAAGUUGCUCAAGGCGUUGGCUCUCUCUAGGGAAGAUGGGCUCAUCUCGGAGUGGCGGUCAGUUAUAA